AGCACUUUGUUAUUCGUGCUGUCGUUGAACCAUAUCAUUUCUUUGAACAGUUCCUUGUGACUGCAGAAUUUGGGGAUACUGCAUCAGAAGGCAUUGCGCUUGCUCUCAUUGACUGCAAAAUCGACAUGAAGAACGUCUCUCCUAAUUUGUGUUGCCUCUUCAGUAUGUACCUGGGAAUUAUUGUUGUUGCAGUUGUGUUUGUUCAGAGCCAGGAUUUAGGUGGCGGUGUAAUGCGUAAAGGCCAGGCUUACACACGAGUCUCGGACCACAUUUUGAAAUGCAAGUUUAGCACAAACACGAUAAACUGUACUAAGUGCAACCUGAACAAUAUGCCAGUGUUUCAUGAAAUCUUGUAUAAUAUAACUUUUUUCGAUCUUCACUAUAAUACUAUCCAAUUUCUGGGAAAUAACAGUUUCAACGAGACGCCAAACGUUCAAAAAAUAAAUUUGAUCUAUAACUCUUUACAAGGGAUAGAGCAGGAUGCAUUUGUAGGGCUGAGUGAUCUCCAGGAGCUAUAUUUGGGAUAUAAUCAAGAGUUACAGCAUAUUAGAGAUCUUUGGUUCCAUACGCUAAACUCGUUAAGGGUUAUUUCAUUCGUAGGUGGCAAUGUAGACACCAUAUAUGCUGACGCAUUUAAAGGUUGUUGGCAAUUAAAAGAAGUGCAUUUAGAGGGUAACAACAUAGUAAGUAUACCCGAUAGCCUUUUUCGAAACUUUUCGUAUCUCCAACAAGUUUACAUUCAAAGGAAUAAAAUUCAGCGGCUUCCUAAAAAUAUGUUCCAAAAUUCUAAUUCCGUCGAGGUGCUUUGGUUUCACGACAACCAGAUACAAACUAUUUUGACGACUUCGGAAUUACAAACUUUAUCGAAUCUCACCAAACUAUCGGUUGGAGUGAAUCCCUAUAACUGUGAUUGUGAGAUUUUAUGGUUUGCCAGGUGGAUUAAUAAUCCAGGAAAUGUCACAUUCCUGUGGGUUGAAAACGCAACAUGUAACGAGAGUAACACCAAGAUUAAAAAUGUUGCUUCAAAGUUAAAACAUUGUGAUUUAAAGGUUGUUAUUGUAACAACAUGUUUCCUUCUUUUUCUGGUUGUUACUGUUUUGGGAUUUUUGUACGCUUUCCGCUGGAAUAUAAGGUACUGGAAUCAGUUGCGUCUGCGCCGGAAACAGUACGAACGUAUAAAGAAUGAAGUUGUCGAUCGCACUAAUUUAAAAUACGAUGCAUUCAUUUCGUACGAGAGCAACGACCUCGAUUGGGUUCUCAAAGUUCUCCACCCAACACUUGAGAGCAAUCCGUACAAUUUUAGACUUUGCUUAGACUAUCGUGAUUUCGUUGUCGGUGAUAAUGUCGUAAAUAAUAUCACAAAUGCUAUAAAGCACAGCCGCAAAGUGGUCGUGGUCGUUACAGACAACUACGCCAGAAGCGAAUGGUGCCACUUCGAAUUAGAGAUGGCCAAAUUGCGAAUGCUGGAGAAUCAAGAAGACGUCAUGAUUGUUAUCCAGUUGUCUGAUGUCUCACCAGAGAGUAUGUCGGUCCUUUUAAAAAAGGAGAUGGUCUCGAAAAGAUGUAUCAAAUGGCCUUCGUGCGAAGAAGGGAAAAAGGUGUUCUGGGUGAAGCUGGGCAUGGCGCUACAGUCACCAAACAUACCGUGUAAUAGAGGGUCACGGUAUACACUGUAGUCAAGUUUCUAAUCGCUGAAUCUGAGUUUAACACUGCAAUCAAUUUUUACACCUUAAUUUUUAAAUCAAAUUGUAUGUUUCGGUUCUUGUGUUGAUUAUUUUCUUGUGUUUUAUACAUGGUAAAUGUUGUUGUUUUGUUCGAAAAUGUGUUCGUUUUUAUCCCUAUGAACUAAAAAGGUAAUCUAUAAUUAUCUUUUAGCAAUAUGAUUUUGUCUUAUUUGUCUUGUGAUUGUUGCUCGUGUUUUUUAUAUUGCAUUGAGAAGUCAAAUGAAAUUCGAUUUGAGUGCAACUGAUAUUUGCACUGCGAUCACCAAGUUUUACCGUACAUUAGAACUUUCAUGGUAAAAUAUUGCUUAUUGUAUUGUUAUUAAUUACAUUAUAAUUAUUUGAUAUUAUAAUUAAUCAGUCCUGGCGCCAGGAUUUUUUGACGGGGCCGAUGUCUCCAACGGUGAGGUUGUUCCCGACAGAAGGUCGAUUUUUGCAACGAUAGCACAAGUGGGCGGGACCAAGGCUGCCUAGAACCCCCAAAUAAAGGUCUAAAGGGCGAAGCCCUCGUCCUUUCUUUCUCCGACAAUUUAGGGAUUUAAAAAAGCUUAUUUAUUGGAUUCUGUAAAAAUCGGGUGCAGUGAGUUCCCGACAUUAGCCUUCACAAUAUGCGCUCUAUAAGUCGAGCAUUACUAUUAUUAGGCCUAUUAUUUAUUGACUGCAGAUUUAAUCAUACUUACAACAAAGAGUAUAGCAUUGCAAUAGGUCCGACUACCCUGAUUUUGUAUGCAGUGGCCUAACGCCUAUGUGCGUUCAUGCGGCGGUCCACAGGGCCCCGAAUUCUAGGGACCCCGAAUGGGCCCUAUCCAUAGGUUCCUCAAUCUGGCACCCUGACCAUAAAGGACUUUGUUGCUGAUAAAUAACACCAUAAUGUGUCUGAAAUCGACUAUAGGGCAUAUAUCAUAUUAUAACGAUUAAAGUGAGGGGUCCGAUGGGGCCCCCUCUCGGCUCAGGACCCCACCAAAUUUGUCAAAAAAUAAAUUAAAAAUGGAGAUAAAGAGAAGAUUAUAUUCAGAAUUUUAAGUCCUUGUAAGUGCCAUUUCCCGGCCAUCUAGACGUGCCAUAGUAAUACAUUUUCUUAUCUCAGCCCCACAAGGGCGCGGGCAACAGCAUAUGUGUGUCUGAAAUCGACUCUAGGACAUAUCAUAUUAUAUCCAGUGGCAGAAUAAAGAGUGAGUUGGGUGGGGAGGGGAGAGCUGCCGGGGCCCCACUAAAUUUGUCAAAAUAUUUUUUAACUGGAGAUAAAAAGAAAAUUAUAUUCACAAUUUUAUGUCUGUGAAGUGCCAUUUCCGGCCACCUAAAGCUGCCAUAUUCAUAAAUCUCUUACCUCAGCCCCAACCAUGGUGGGUCUGAGGUGGUAUAGACUCAACUGUGAAAGUCAAUCUCUGGCCUCAAUUUUCUGGAUCCCUAUUAUAUUAUUUAUUCGUCGUUAAAAACAUUUAGAAUACCAAUGCACAUCUAAAAUCCCAUGAUGGAAUUGGUGACCGGGACCCAAAAAGGGCCCCAAGUUUCAAAAAUACCUCGGCCCCAUCGUUACGCCACUGUUUGUAUGCACGCAAUGGAAGGUUAAAAAAAAUUCAAACGAAACCACGAGAGUCGGAUUAUUUGCAGUUCUGUAUACUCUUUGCUUAUACUUAAAUUUACUCAUAUUAUUGAUAUCAGGCCUAUUAUUAUUAUUAUUAUUAUUAUUAUUAUUAUUAUUAUUAUUAUUUUCAAAAACAACACAACAGAUCGUAUCUUCAUCAUAUGCAAAGCCUAUAUUUAUCCAGUAUUGUAUGACCUUUAACGGCCCCCAACAAGACAUGUUUCGGCAGUCUACUACCAUCGUCAGUUAUCUUAUUGCACGCAGGCAAUCAUUAGUAUAGGGGAGUAAAAAGUUAAAUGUUUCGCAUGCUAAAAAAUUGUGGAAUGAACCGUAACAAUACUACAAAACAAAAUAUAAAUAAAGAUGAGGUAAAAACAGAGAACAGAUUUAUAUAGGCCUACAAAAUUCAUAUAGGCCUACACAAAUAUUUUGUCGUAUCGAAAGUCUGAAAUUUGUUAUUAUUAUUACGAUACUAUUAUAGAACGAGCCUUUUGGGUCAAUCAAUUAGGUUUUUACCAGGAAGUUACAUGCACACUUAAAAACUGAUUCUAGUUUCGAUGGGAUCAAUUGUUUCAAUAAUAUCAAAAACUAUUUUAAGGAGACACAAUUACUGUUUUUCAAAGUUUAUGCUUAAAAGGCCCUCCAUAUAACAGCAUAAUGAAAGUAGAAUCCCUCCAUUCUAUACUAUUUCUUCCAUUAUUUUUUGUUUUAGCUUAAACAUUUAUGUAGAAUGUAAAGAUUCAUAUAGGCCUACACAAAUAUUUUGUCGUAUUGAAUGUCUGAAAUUUAUAGAUUUACAAAUUCAAUUUCACUUCAGGUUGAUUGCAAUUUCCAUCUAAUAUAAGUGUAAAAUGCUGAGUAAUAACGCUACUUAAAAUACAGACCAUGGUUUUACGUGGCGAGAUUGUGCACAGAUCUUUGAAUGCACACUUGAAACAACAAGAGUUUUAUUGUUGAGUUCUUUCUGGAAGGUGUAAAAAAUAUAUGAUAAUUUAGAUUAAUUAUACUUUAAAUGUUGUUCAAUAGUUUAAUGACUUUUAAACGUUUUAAGGCGGACAACUAAUGUUUACGAUUAUGUCGGAAAUCUAAACAUCAUUAUUCUCACGCUUGAAUAAGAACGUAUAUCAUAGACAUGAGUUUUGUAUUCUUUUCUGGGUACGUGGAGAUCGUCAUUUGAUUUGAUAGAAACAUUACAAGCAGGAAAUUUGAAUUUCUUUUUCCUCUUAUUACCUAGCAUUCUGAAGUUGUAAUGGACUUUUCCGGAGUGUCAAGCAAACUUUACAACCAAAAGCCUUUUACGUCUGUCAUAGCCAGAAAAGAGCCUGGAAUACGCGCAUCAAAAACAACCUCUAUAUAUAGUUAUUUAGAAUACCGAGGAACUUAUUAAAUUUAGAAUGGAAUACUUUCAAUCAAUUAAGGUUUUUUUUUGUUUGUUUGGUUUUUUUUCUCACUGAUCAAGUUCUGUAAGACACUAAAAAAAUCGGUUUAACAACUACUAUAAACAAUCUUAUUAAUAUAACAAGAAAUAUGAAGUUUCAUAAUAGUUUCUUAAAGAUAACGAAAGAAGGCAAAAAUGUAAAUUUAUAUUAUUUGUUUAAAUACAGUUGAAAGUAAAUUCUUCAUUCAAUAAUUAGACAUAUUAAUAUGUGGAUCAUUAUAUAGAAAAUGAGACUUGUCAUGAUGUAGGCUUAUGACUAUUAUAGGACUAUUAAAAACAUGUGUGUCGACUUUGAUGACGAUUAUGAUGGUAUCAGAAUUUUUUUAUAUUUGAAUUCAUCCACGACUAUAUAAUGUUUACUAUUGAUUAUAAUAAUAUAUUAAUAUUGUUAAUAACAAUUAUUUAAAGCGUAUAAAUGUAAAUAAUGUAUUAAUUAAAUAUAUUUGGUUUCAUUUAUUACAUUGUCUAUUGGUUGUUUGAUAUACAGAGCAGUCUCGUAAUGCUUUUUAUUGUUAAAUAAUUUUGUUUUUGUUAAAGAUGUAUUUUUGUGAGAAAGGUAUGGAAUAUUACUCCAUUAAUUCGGUUGACGUGUAUAGAGGGCGGCAGACUAAAAACUACUACUAAGUGAUCUGGUGUCAACACACACCAUCUGAAAUGUUGUCAAUGCUGUAAUAUUAUGCGUACAUUAAUUUUGGAUUUAGUCAAUAGUUAUAUGUCAGUAAUAUUAUGUUCGUCGUCAAUGCAUAAUAAAUAAUAAAAUAUAUGUUUUGCUGAAUACACGAUCUUCAAAUAGGCCUAAUUAUUUCGAUCAAUACUCAAAAAAUCUAUCUUCUCACGAUUCAUUAAAGAUAUUCAAGAAAACGUAAAAUUAUUUUAAGUAUUUCUUUCGUCUAAAAAAUAUUAUGAAUAAUAACUAUGUCAAUCUAAUAAACACAUAUAUAUGUUACUCUCAACAAUAAAACAACUAUAAAAUAAUAUUGCACUGUUCUUUUAAAAUGAUAUAAAGCCGCGGCUCUCCAGACUAUCAAAUUUUAUUUAACAAAAACAUGUGACAUGCCUAAAUAUGGUCAUAAUGACAUCACAUCAUAACCAUAUAUAGGCAUAUUAUGACUAUAUAUGGGUAGACAACUGGUUCUGUGAAAGAAAAUCUGGACAAAACUUUAAGAGAUGAA